GUAUCGGCUUCGGCUAAAGAGCGCAUUACUAUCAAUUGUGGCGGUACACGCCAUGAAACUUAUUGGGCAACAUUAAAGAAAUUGCCUGAUACACGAUUGUCUUGGCUAUGUGAUACUAAUUCAAAGAAUACUACAGAUUAUGAUCCAGAGAAAAAUGAAUAUUUUUUUGAUCGUCAUCCUCAUGUAUUUGCUGCAAUUUUAAAUUAUUAUCGUACUGGUAAAUUACAUAAACCGUCUAAUGUAUGCGGUCCGCUCUUUGAAGAAGAAUUAAAUUAUUGGGGUAUCGACGAAAAUCAAAUUGAGGCAUGUUGUUGGUUAAGUUAUCGUGAGCAUCGCGACGCUAAAGAUACACUAAGAAAUAUUGAAUUUUACGAAACCGAUGAUUUGGAAGAAAGAGAUGUUGAAGAAACCUUCUUUGAUCGUAUACAAAAUAGACGUCAAACGCGAUGGCAGAAAUUAAAGCCUAAGUUAUGGAAGCUCGUCGAUGACCCAUACUCAUCACGGUCUGCUAAAAUUUUAGCCAUCUUUUCACUGUUUUUAAUUCUCGUUUCCAUCCUCGUUUUCUGCUUGGAAACCAUGCAACCGGAUACAAAUAUUACAUAUGAGGAAAAUAUUAGCAUCCUUACUACAAAUGCAAGUCGUAUACAAAAGCAGCUAUUCCCUUCAUUAUCAAUACUGGUUGUGGAUUAUAUUUGCAAUGCAUUUUUCACUCUCGAAUUCAUAGUACACUUUGCCGUUUGUCCAGAUCCUAGAUACUUUUUCAGGAGUUUUAUGAACCUAAUCGAUUUGUUAGCAUUGAUCCCCUUCUAUAUCAAUUUAGCGCUAUCUCGUGUCAUCCAAGUACUAACGUUUUCUGAAGUUAUUCGCUUUUUCAGAUUAGUACGUCUAUUUAGAAUAAUUAAAUUAUCGAAGCAUUUAACUGGAUUAAAAAUUCUGUAUCAUACUUUGCGCAGUAGUUGGAAAGAGUUACUCUUACUGGUUAUAUUCGUGACUAUUCAAGUUCUCUUCUUUUCUACAAUAAUCUAUUACACCGAGAAAGGUUCAUAUCAUAAUAAAUUCUAUAGUAUACCUGAAGGCUUCUGGUGGGCUAUCGCUACAAUGACUACAGUUGGCUAUGGUGAUAUCGCACCUAAAACUACGAUGGGUAAGAUUGUUGGUUCAGUAUGCGCCAUCUUUGGAGUAUUAACCAUUGCUCUGCCGGUACCUGUUAUCGUUAAUAAUUUCUCGUUGUACUACAAUCACGCUCAAGCACAAGCUAAAUUGCCUAAAAAGAUGAAA